AUGUUUCAGCAGCGAAAUAUAGAUGAAAAUGAUGAUCAUUAUCCAAGUUCUUAUGCACCUGACGCACAAUUCAAACGUGUAUUUGAUAAACUUCCACUUUUGGUUGAAAAGAAAACUGGUGAAGAAGGAGAAGAGAUUUUGUUCAAAGAAAGAUGUAGAUUAUAUCGGUACGAUAAAGAUACAAAUCAAUGGAAAGAAAGAGGAGUUGGUGACAUUAAGAUUCUAUUCAAUGAUAUACUUAAUAUGUAUCGUGUGGUUAUGAGAAGAGAACAGGUUUUAAAAGUUUGUGCCAAUCAUGUAAUCAAUGAAAAAACAGAACCAAAGUAUCAUUUGGGAUCUUCAAAAACUUGUUCAUAUUUUACCUUGGAUUAUACAGCUGGAUCAAAACCUACAGCAGAGCAAUUCGCAUUCAGAUUCAAAACUGAAGGAAUGUGUAGAGCCUACAUGGACAAAAUAAAAGAAGUUAAAAAAGGUAAAACCACCGUAUCAGAAUCAACUCCAUCCACUGACAAACUUAAAUUUGAUGUUUCAAAUGUGUCUUUUAGGUUUUGUUCACCAAGUCCGCCACAGAGCGUAAACAAGUUUCGAUUAAAGUCUGCUAUUAGCGGAACUUCACAGAAAACUACAGAAAUUCCAGGUUCUACCAAAAAGAUUACUGAGACCGAGUCUGAUAUUGUUACUUUGAAUGAAGAACAAACUAAUGCUGAAGUUGGAAAGCAAUCCAUAUUUGGUGAUGCAAUGUUAAAUCUUGCAAGCAGUGGUGGAUUUGCUUCAUUUGCCGAUAUGGCUUCUGGUGUUCAGAAUGUUGGAUUUAAAAAAGAUCCUGCUUUUCAGUUUCAUGGCGCAGGGCAAGUAAUGUUUCAGCAGCAAAGUAGAGAUGAAAAUGAUGAUCAUGAUCUAAGUUCUUAUGCAUCUGACACACAAUUCAAACCCGUAUUGGAUAAACUUCCACUUUUGGUUGAAAAGAAAACUGGUGAAGAAGGAGAAGAAAUUUUGUUCAAAGAAAGAUGUAUACUAUAUCGGUACGAUAAAGAUACAAAUCUAUGGAAAGAGAGAGGAGUUGGUGACAUAAAAAUUCUAUUCAAUGAUAUACAUAAUAUGUAUCGUGUGGUUAUGAGAAGAGAACAGGUUUUAAAAAUUUGUGCCAAUCAUGUAAUCGAUGAAAAAACAGAACCAAAGUAUCAUUUGGGAUCCUCAAAAACUUGUUCAUAUUUCACCUUGGAUUAUACAGAUGGGCCGAACCCUACACCGGAGCAAUUUGCAUUUAGAUUCAAAAUUGAAGAUAUGUGUAAAGCCUACAUGGACAAAAUUGAGGAUGUGAAAAAACUUCAACAUAACGAACCUUCUUGUUAACUAAUGUUUUCUAGUGCUAUCAAAUAUUCACUCAUGGCAGUGUUUUCAUACCUAGUGCUUUUACUUUAACGCGAAAUGUGACUAUAUUAAUGUGUGAUUACAAGUUCACAUCAAUUUUUACGUAAUUUUUCUGAUAAUCAAUGUAGUUGGUCAACUAGAUCGAACAUUUCAAUGAUAGUAGAAGAAAUGAUGCCUCAUGGCCCCAUCGCCCCUUUAUUUAAGUUUUGACAUUUUAUAGCAUUUCUAGAGAAGUUUUUAUGCAAAAAAUACUGAAAUGAAAAAUAAUUGGAAAUUUUGUGAAAUGCUUAAUCUGUUUUAAUGUAAUUACAAGAUUUGAGGAGAAAAUUGCAUUUAAUUGAAUUGCGGAGGACUGGAGGCAGGCACAAUGUAGAAUACGGUACUUUAUUUCGCUAUUCUUUUAUCCCAAACAAAAACGUUUUAAUUUUAAUGAUAUGAGUACAUAUGCUAAUUCAGUUAUGAAUUGUUUAAGAAACUCGUCAUUCUAGAAUACGUGUGAAACGUGUGGCAAAUCAUGCAUUAAAGGAUAAAGAUAAACUUCAAUACCACUGAAAAUUUUUAAAAAGAUUAUUCAAAUGAAUCACACUUUUAAAUAUUUAUAGUAUCGUUAAAAGCACGGUCCAUAAAUAAGCUCCUCAAAACUAAUCAAAACUAAUUUUAUACCCGACAAAGCGCUAUUUUUACUUUUCAAAUCCCAAAAAUACACAACAUAUGGCAACAAGAGAAUUCAUGAAGCGCUAUUUCAUGAGGUAAUGUGACAAAGUAUUCUGGAUUGAAAUAUGAGAUUUAGCCGUCAAAUGCUAAAAAUAAAAUAACAAAACGCAUAUUCGUUUCUAACCCACACUCUAAACUUUUACUUUUUCCAUUUCCUUUCCAUCACUUCGUCACAUAUUUUAGAAUUUCACUAUAUAUUCAUAGGUUUAAUUUUCACUUGUGUUUCGUGUCAUUUUACAAUUUUUAAUGUUUUUUCUUGUUAAAUUUUAGAACCUAUGGACACGAUCAUUAUGUCCACAACCCCAUUAUGUCCAACUCCGACUCUCCAGAAGUGUGUGUACCAAUAUGGAAGUAACUAAUUUUGUUCGCCUAUAUUCACUUGGCUAACACAGACAGUCCCCGAACUCGUAAUCGAAAUAAAGUAAGGAAAAUUGGAAUAAAAUUAUGGCCUAACCCUAACCUGGUAAGUACCGAAACUUCUUCUUAUUCGAAAAAAUCAUUUAUGUAACACGUCGCCGUAAAUUAGUUUACGAGAUAAAAUGGUCGUUUGGAUUAUUUUUUAUAUAUAAAAGUAAAAUAUUGUGUGUUAUCAUAGCUUAGUGAAAUCAACAUAGCUGAUCAAUUAAUUUCAUGGAUCCACUUCGUAAGUUCUUGUGGGUUAGAAUCAACUUAGUCAAUCGUAUAAAAAAUUUCGUCGAUUGUUCUUGUGUGUUGUUAUCAAUCAACUUCGUAACAUCCUGUGUGUUAUAUUCAACUUCGUCGAUUGUUAUUCCAUUAUUCUGUGUUUUGUUUUCUCUUCUGACAA